CCGCCGCUCCCACCUUCCGCCGCCGCCUUGAGGGAAGCCGGAACGACGGGGGUCACGGCGGGGGUCAGAGGGUAAAGGUCUUGCUCCCAGCAGCCUCUGCGGUGGAUACGUCGCCAUCUUGGAUCCGCGGGACAAGAAAAUUCAUGCGAGGGAGAACUGGUGGGCGGUCCCUCCUGUGACACGACCCUUGAGUGACAGUUCUGUUUGAUUGCCUCCAGUACUGUGAGGAAAGGACACGACUCUAUGGUGAGGACUGAUGGACAUACAUUAUCUGAGAAAAGAAACUACCAGGUGACAAACAGCAUGUUUGGUGCUUCAAGAAAGAAGUUUGUAGAGGGGGUCGACAGUGACUACCAUGACGAAAAUAUGUACUACAGCCAGUCUUCUAUGUUUCCACAUCGGUCAGAAAAAGAUAUGCUGGCAUCACCAUCUACAUCAGGUCAGCUGUCUCAGUUUGGGGCAAGUUUAUACGGGCAACAAAGUGCACUAGGCCUUCCAAUGAGGGGGAUGAGCAACAAUACCCCUCAGUUAAAUCGCAGCUUAUCACAAGGCACUCAGUUACCGAGCCACGUCACGCCAACAACAGGGGUACCAACAAUGUCACUUCACACGCCUCCAUCUCCAAGCAGGGGUAUUUUGCCUAUGAAUCCUAGGAAUAUGAUGAACCACUCCCAGGUUGGUCAGGGCAUUGGAAUUCCUAGCAGGACAAAUAGCAUGAGCAGUUCAGGGUUAGGUAGCCCCAACAGAAGCUCGCCAAGCAUAAUAUGUAUGCCAAAGCAGCAGCCUUCUCGACAGCCUUUUACUGUGAACAGUAUGUCUGGAUUUGGAAUGAACAGGAAUCAGGCAUUUGGAAUGAAUAACUCCUUAUCAAGUAACAUUUUUAAUGGAACAGAUGGAAGUGAAAAUGUGACAGGAUUGGACCUUUCAGAUUUUCCAGCAUUAGCAGACCGAAACAGAAGGGAAGGAAGUGGUAACCCAACUCCAUUAAUAAACCCCUUGGCUGGAAGAGCUCCUUAUGUUGGAAUGGUAACAAAACCAGCAAAUGAGCAAUCCCAGGACUUCUCAAUACACAACGAAGAUUUUCCAGCAUUACCUGGUUCCAGCUAUAAAGAUCCAACAUCAAGUAAUGAUGACAGUAAAUCUAAUUUGAAUACAUCUGGCAAGACAACUUCAAGUACAGAUGGACCCAAAUUCCCUGGAGAUAAAAGUUCAACAACACAAAAUAAUAACCAGCAGAAAAAAGGGAUCCAGGUGUUACCUGAUGGUCGGGUUACUAACAUUCCUCAAGGGAUGGUGACGGACCAAUUUGGAAUGAUUGGCCUGUUAACAUUUAUCAGGGCAGCAGAAACAGACCCAGGAAUGGUACAUCUUGCAUUAGGAAGUGACUUAACAACAUUAGGCCUCAAUCUGAACUCUCCUGAAAAUCUCUACCCUAAAUUUGCAUCACCCUGGGCAUCUUCACCUUGUCGACCUCAAGACAUAGACUUUCAUGUUCCAUCUGAGUACUUAACGAACAUUCACAUUAGGGAUAAGCUGGCUGCAAUAAAACUUGGCCGAUACGGAGAAGACCUUCUCUUCUAUCUCUAUUACAUGAAUGGAGGGGACGUAUUACAACUUUUAGCUGCAGUAGAGCUUUUUAACCGUGAUUGGAGAUACCACAAAGAAGAACGAGUAUGGAUUACCAGGGCACCAGGCAUGGAGCCAACAAUGAAAACCAAUACAUAUGAGAGGGGAACAUAUUACUUCUUUGACUGUCUUAACUGGAGGAAAGUAGCUAAGGAGUUCCAUCUGGAAUAUGACAAAUUAGAAGAACGGCCUCACCUGCCAUCCACCUUCAACUACAACCCUGCUCAGCAAGCCUUCUAAAAAAAAGACUUCCCUUUUCUUGGGGUAUGGCUGUCUCAGCACAAUACUCAACGUAACUGCAGAACUGAUGUGGCUCAGGCACCCUGGUUUUAAUUCCUUGAGAAUCUGGCAAUUGGCUUAUGCAAAGGGUCACCAUUUGAGGUCCUGCCUUACUAAUUAUGUGCUGCCCAACAACUAAAUUUGUAAUUUGUUUUUCUCUAGUUCGAGCAGGGUCUGAAUUUUUUCAUUUAUUUUCUUUUUUUUGCCAGCAGACAGACUUGAGUCUAUAAAGACAAACAAGUACACUGACAGAAGGUUAUCAUUUAGUUUCUAAAAUGUAAAAAAGAAAACCCACAAAAGACUCAACAGAAUUAGACCACAAAAUUUGCAUUGUUCAUUGUAGCACUAUUGGUAAUAAAAUAACAAAUGUUUGUACAUUUUUAUGUGAAGAUCCUUCUCGUAUUUCAUUUGGAAAGAUAAGCAAGGUCUACUUCCUUCAUUUUACUUCCCCUUGUUUUUGAAAGGCAGUUUCGCCAAGCUUAACGCAAGAAUAUCUGACUGUUUAGAAGAAAGAUAUUGCCACAAUCUCUGGAUAAUUUCCAGGGUUGUGUUAUUACUGAGCUUCAUCUUUCCAGAAUGAGCAAAACACUGUCCAGUCUUUGUUACGAUUUUGUAAUAAAUGUGUACAUUUUUUUUAAAUUUUUGGACAUCACAUGAAUAAAGGUAUGUAUGUACGAAUGUGUAUAUAUUAUAUAUAUGACAUCUAUUUUGGAAAAUGUUUGCCCUGCUGUACCUCAUUUUUAGGAGGUGUGCAUGGAUGCAAUAUAUGAAAAUGGGACAUUCUGGAACGGCUGGUCAGGGGACUUUGUCGCCCUGUGCACUAAAGGGCCAGAUUUUCAGCAGCCAAGGACAUCCAUACCCAAGUGAAUGUGAUGGGACUUAAAGAAGUGAACUGAGACAAUUCACUCUGGCUGUUUGAACAGCAGCGUUUCAUAGGAAGAGAAAAAAAGAUCAAUCUUGUAUUUUCUGACCACAUAAAGGCUUCUUCUCUUUGUAAUAAAGUAGAAAAGCUCUCCUCA